ACACCCGUUACAAAUACAUACACAAAUUCCUAUAACUAUAUGUUCAAAACCCUAACCCCAACUCACAAUAAUCUCUCAAUUCCCAACAAUGUCACCAUCGACAGCCCAACCCCAACUCAACGGCGCCUUCUACGGUCCACCGGUAACCAAAUCAUCCCACCGUCCUUCCGGCCGUCGCCGCGGCGGCGGCGGUGGCUGCAACCCACUAACCUGCUUAUUCAGCUGCAUCUGCAGCUGCAUAUUCAACCUCAUAUUCCAAAUCUUGAUCACUAUCGCCAUCUUCGUAGCAAUCGUGGGUCUGAUUUUAUAUUUUAUUUUCCGGCCAAACGUACCGAAAUUCCACGUCGAUGACGUCACCAUGACGAAAUUCACUCUGUCACCAACAAACAAUACCUUGUAUUACAAUGUUGGUGUCAACAUGACUUUUAGAAACCCCAACAAAAGACUAGGGGUGUAUUAUGAUUUUAUAGAAGUCAACGGGAUGUAUCAUGGUCAACGGUUUGAUACUAAAGAAAUUGAUGGGUUUUAUUUGGGUCAUAAGAAGGAAAAUAAUAAUGUUGGUUUUGUGUUUAAAGGUGAGAAAUUAGUUGUGCUUAAUGGAGAUGAAAAAGUUAAGUAUGAUGAUGAAAGUAAUGAUGGGGUUUAUAAAAUUGAUUUGAAGUUGAAAUUGAAGAUUAGGUUUAAAGUUUGGUGGCUGAAAACAGGUAAGUUUAAGCCAAAGUUGGAUUGUGAAUUGAAGGUUCCUUUUACUGGUGGUGAUAAUGGUAAAAAAGUUAAAAGUGAUGGUGUGAAAUUUGAGAGGACUAAAUGUGAUUUUGAUUGGUAAAAAAAGAUGAAUUUGAAGAUGGUUUUUAAAGAAUUGAUUGAUGAUGAUGGUAUAUCAAUUUUAUUUUUAUUUUAUUUUGUUAGUUUUUGAUGCUAUGCUAUUUUUUUGUGAAAGAUUAGGAGAUAUAUGAGAUACUAGUGAAUAUGAUUAUGUUAUGAAUUAGACUAUGGUUAUUUUUAUGUUUUUAAUUGAUCAAUUGUUUAUGGUUUUUUGAUCAUGUAUAACAAUAUGUUGAUUACUU